AUGGCACAGGUUAAGGCUCAGGCUCAAGAUGGGAAUCCCAGUGGUGGAAGCAUAUUUAUCAAGAAUUUGGACAAGGCAAUUGAUGACAGGGGAGCACCUUUUGCGAGAAAGCAAGGUAGAGCAAAGGCUAUGGAAGUGACAAACUUCACUAACGUUUUUGUGGGGAACUUAUCUAUAUCUACAACCGAAAAGGAUCUUAGGGAAGUUUUUGGCCAUUUUGGAACAAUAGUUAGCGCUGUGGUUGUGAAAGAUGGAGACGGGAAAUCAGAGGGUUUUGGAUUCGUCAACUUUAAUGAUGCAGAUGAUGCUGCUUGGUCGGUUGAAGUGCUAAAUGGCCACAAGUUUGAUAACAAAGAGUGGUAUGUGCGGAGAGCUUACCAGAACAAAAAUGUUGGAAAAGUUCAUAAGAAAUCUGUUUCCACUACUAAUGAAACUGAAUCAAAGAAAUCUGUGGAAGCAGUACAAAAGGGAUAUAGAGCUAUCACCAAAGUACUCUAUGUCGACGAUAAGGGGGUCGGGCACUUCAACCCCAGAAGUCCAUGA